AUGUCCCUCUCCCUAACGAUAACCGCCCUCUUCAUAAAAACCGUAACCCUCGGCCUCGGCCGCCACUUCGACGUCUCGGGCCUGGCCUUCCCCCUCGCAAACAUGGGCCCCUUCUUCAAAUACACCUACGUCUACGCCAUCCUCGUCAUCUUCGCCUACUCCUUCAUCAAGCUCUCUAUUGGGUUCUUCCUCUUAAGACUGGCGGACAGGACGCGCUGGAGGACGUUUUUGAUAUGCACGCUCGCGAACAGCAACGCAAAAUGCUACUCGGUCAACAUCUUCAAAAACGUCGGCGUGUUCAACUCCAGCGUCAACAUCGCAACGGACCUGCUCUUCGCGCUGCUCCCCAUCCCCAUCGUCUGGAAACUGCAGGUCAACAUCCAGACGAAGCUCGGGCUGUCCUUCUGCAUGGCGCUCGGCUUGUUCGCCACCGCCACCGCGAUAUACAAGACGCCGAUGCAGUAUCAUUUUUUCGAGGAGCCGGAUUUCACCGGCAAGGGCAGCUGGUAUUAUAUUUGGCAGCAGGUCGAAAUGAACGUUGGCAUCACCGCUGCUAAUCUCCCGACGCUCAAGCCCCUCUUCGCCCGCUUCUUCACCUCUCUGCGCACCAUCGCCGGGUCCUACGGCUCGCACGCUGGGCACUCCGCGCUGGGUACGCCGUAUAAAUCCACGGGGUACUUUAAGCAAGAAGACCAAGGGAAUUCCUUCGCGCUGAGCAGUCUGAGUAAGAAGGGCACUGCAGAUGAGUGGGGCAAGAGGGGAGAUAGCGACGAGAGUAUUCUGAGGGAACACGGGGGUGCGUUUAGUAUAGGGAGGGAGAGGGAGAGGGAGAGAGACACGCAGAGGGACAUGGCGAGGAGAUUGAGUGUGAGGAAUGGGGGCAUUAUGCGGACGACGGAUGUGGUUAUUACAAGAUGA